AUGUGGCAUUUCAAAUUUAUUUUCUGUACCAUUUGAUAUCCCUGUUUAUUAUAAAUCUCUAUAAUCUGUGUUUGAAUUUCUGCCAUUUUUAUUCACUAACCAAGCUUACAUUUAUAAUGGCCACAUUGACUGAGGAAGAGUGUGGAUACUGACCGUUAGGUUGACGAAAUGCGGAAACCGGUGACCUGAAUCUGACGGCAUCAGUUGAAAACACUUGUACUGAUGCAAUUUUCAGUGCGAGAUGUUAGCAGUUUGAAGCUUUGAAAGCUCUAAGAUCUCUCUCUCUCUCUCUCUCUCUCUCUCUCUCUCUCCCUGUGACUGAUUAUGAAGGGAAUUGGUUCGGCUCAUUCAAGAAGAAGGAUAACAGAAUUUCCAGGUGACGGAGCCAGGGAUAACCGUAUGGAUGGAAAACCAAUAAAAAGAAAAACUGUGCACAAAGGUUCUGACAGAAAUUCCUCUGAGAAGCCGUCUACCUCGAAGGCUUUAGAUAGGAAGCCAUCGACUGUUGGCUGUAGAGGGCAUGAAAAGAGUGAUGAUAAAGAUUUCACAACUCAGAAAAUUCACAAGAGGAGAAAGCGGAAGAGGAGGAAGGAAAAUGGAGAGCAUGAUGAGGCAUCUCGCUUGCAAAGAAGAACGAGGUACCUGUUGAUUAAAAUGAAGCUGGAGCAGAACCUAAUUGAUGCUUACUCUGGGGAAGGUUGGAAAGGACAGAGCCGGGAAAAGAUUAAACCAGAAAAGGAACUACAAAGAGCAAAGAAGCAGAUACUAAAGUGUAAACUUGGCAUCCGUGAUGCAAUUCACCAACUGCAUAUGCUUAGUGCUGAGGGAUGUAUUGAAGAAUCCGUGAUUGCUCCAGACGGAUCUGUUUUCCAUGAACAUAUUUUCUGUGCAAAAUGCAAGUUACGAGAUGCUUUCCCAGAUAAUGACAUUAUACUGUGUGAUGGGACUUGUAAUUGUGCUUUCCACCAGAAAUGUCUGGAUCCUCCAUUAGCAACUGAAAAUAUACCUCCAGGAGACCAAGGAUGGUAUUGCAAAUUCUGUGAGUGUAAGAUGGAAAUACUAGAUGCAGUGAAUGCUCAUCUUGGGACACAAUUCCCUAUGAACAGUAAUUGGCAGGAUGUUUUCAAGGAAGCAGCUGAAUUGCCAGAUGGGGGGAGUGCAUCUCUAAAUCCAGAAGAAGAAUGGCCAUCUGAUGAUUCUGAAGAUUGUGAUUAUGAUCCAGAAAGAAAUGAAAAAAGCUGUAGUGAAACAAGUAUCGAAGAUAACAUUUCUGAUGAUGCAAGCAGUUUCAGCAGUUUAUCGUGGUCAUUUGGGGAAGAAGCUAGCUUGCAAUCCAGAAGAUCAGGAGAUGAAGAUGAAGGUUCUCAAGGUAGAAAUACAAUGAGGGGAGAUGACAAUAAAUUUGUUGACUCAUUCAUUGGAGAUGCUUCUUAUAACAACAUUGACCGAGAAAUUAAAAGCCGCUGUAGACAGAGAAAAGAUGUUGAUUAUAAGAAACUGCAUGAUGAAAUGUUUGGCAAAGAUGUGGCUGAAAAUGAACAAGUUAGCGAAGAUGAAGACUGGGGACCUGGUAGAAAAACACGUAGAGAAAAGGAGUCUGAUGCGGUAGACACCCUAAUGACCUUGUGUGAAAAUGAGAAUGCUUGUUCCAAUGUUGUACCGAUAGAAACAAAGGAGAAAAAGCACUCAGUUUCAAGAGAUAAAAAACCACUUUUCAGGAUUCCACCAAGUGCAGUUGAGAAACUUCGCCAAGUCUUCGCUGAAAAUGAACUUCCUUCAAGAGCUGUUAAGGAAGAUCUCUCAAAUCAAUUGGGUCUUGCAUCUGAGAAGGUCAAUAAGUGGUUCAAGAAUGCUCGUUAUACAGCUCUUAGAAUCAGAAAGGCAGAAAGCAUGAAAGAACUUGGCUCUUCUAUCAGCAUACCUGAAGAUUCAAGUCUAGAAAUUGGAAAAUACCAAACUGCUGAUCAAGUGGCUCUGAAGGAUAACCCUUCUCUGGUACCAUCAGAAACUGGAGUGCGUAUGCCCAAAAACUUGAGAAAAGUUCGUGCUAGAAAGAAUCCAAAGUCUAUAAUUUCCUUAUUGAAGAAAAAGAAACACAAGAAAGCGACAAAUGCAUUGCUCACCAACAAAAAUGAGGUGAGAAAAGGUUUCAAUAGUCUUGUCAAUUUGAAGAAGCAAAUGAGCAAUUUAAAAAGAAAAGCACCUUCAGAAAAGAGGGUUAACCUUAAAUCCAAAAGGGGAAGUUCAAAUGUUGAUGAAAUGAAGAAAAAGGAGAAACUGUACAUGGCUGAGAUGGAGAGGUUGUGUCAUCUCGAGGAUAGAAUUGAGAAGCUGAAGAAAGUAUUAUUGAGAAUACAGAAUGGAAAAAAUCUUAUACGGGAUAAAACCCAUUCAUGCGAACAAGUUGUAAUCUAUGUUCCAGUUGCAGAGAUAAGAGAGAAACAAUGUCAUGUAUAAACUGUUGAUCAUCGAACACCAGUAUUACAAUACUGUAGAUCAUUAAAAACGAAAAAUAGAAAAUCUUUUUAUAGUAUUUAA